CCAAGAUGGCAGCGGCGGAGCCGCGGACGCCGGAGCGACGGCGGCGGCGGCGUCGUCUCUGGGCUCGCUGAGGCGCUGGCACGUCGCUUUCUGGGCUCAUGUAAUCAAAGAAGUUUCUUUGUUGUGUGUGUCUUUACAGAACACAACAGGAACUGAAAAUGUAUCAGAAUACGGAGUCUGUGGCCGCCACUGAGACUCUGGCUGAGGUACCUGAACACGUGCUGCGAGGACUUCCAGAGGAAGUGAGGCUUUUACCGUCUGCUGUUGACAAGACCCGAAUCGGUGUCUGGGCCACUAAACCAAUUUUAAAAGGGAAAAAGUUUGGGCCAUUUGUUGGUGAUAAGAAGAAACGAUCUCAGGUUAGGAAUAAUGUGUACAUGUGGGAGGUGUACUACCCAAAUCUGGGGUGGAUGUGCAUUGAUGCCACUGAUCCGGAGAAGGGCAACUGGUUGCGCUAUGUGAACUGGGCUUGCUCAGGUGAAGAGCAGAAUUUAUUUCCACUGGAAAUCAACAGAGCCAUUUACUAUAAAACUUUAAAGCCAAUCGCGCCUGGCGAGGAGCUGCUGGUCUGGUACAAUGGGGAAGACAACCCCGAGAUAGCAGCUGCGAUUGAGGAAGAGCGAGCCAGCGCCCGGAGCAAGCGGAGCUCUCCUAAGAGCCGCAGAGGGAAGAAGAAAUCUCAAGAGAACAAAAACAAAGGCAUCAAAACCCAGGCUGCGCAGCUGAAGGCAAGUGAGCCAGACUCCACCUUUGCAAACAUGAGAGGGUCUGCAGAAGGUCCGAAGGAAGAGGAUAAGAGGCUUUUGGCUUCCGCACCUGAGCAGCCAGCCCUUCUUCCCGAGGUCAUCAACCAGGAUGCAGUUCCACAGGUGGCCACCCCUCUCCCCGCAUGUGAACCACAGCCAGAGCCAGAUGGGAAACAAGAAGUCACAGAUUGUGAGAUCAAUGAUCUGGAGGAGGAGGAAGAAGAGGAGGGGGAGGAGGAGGAGGAGGAGGAGGAAUUGGAAGAGGAAGAAGAGGAGUUGGAAGAAGAUGGGGAGGAAGAAGCUAGCAUACUCAAUGAAAGCUCUGUAAAGGAGCCAGAAAUACGGUGUGAAGAAAAGCCAGAGGAUUUAUUAGAAGAACCACAGAGCAUUCCAAAUGAAACUUCUGAAGACUCUCCGGACAUGGCCCCUCUUCCUCAUAGCCCCAGAACGAAAGAGGAGGCCAACGGUGAUGUGUUUGAGACGUUUAUGUUCCCAUGUCAGCAUUGUGAACGAAAAUUUGCAACCAAGCAGGGACUUGAGCGUCACAUGCACAUCCACAUGUCUACAAUUAAUCAUGCUUUCAAGUGCAAGUACUGUGGGAAAGCGUUUGGUACACAGAUUAACAGGAGGCGGCAUGAACGUCGCCAUGAAGCGGGGUUAAAGAGGAGACCCAGCAUGACACUACAGCCCUCAGAGGACCUAGAUGAUGGCAAGGGAGAUAAUGUCACUUCUAAAGAUGAGUCAAGUCCACCUCAACUUGGACAAGACUCUCUGAUACUGAACUCAGAAAAAGCUCCCCAGGAAAUAGUAAAUUCAUCUAGUAUGGAAGAGAACGGCGAAGUUAAAGAACUUCAUCCAUGCAAAUACUGCAAGAAGGUAUUUGGAACUCACACCAAUAUGAGACGACAUCAGCGCAGAGUUCAUGAACGCCACAUGAUUCCCAAAGGCGUCCGUCGAAAAGGAGGACUCCUGGAGGAGCCUCACCCACCAGCAGAGCAGGCACCACCUUCCCAGAAUGUUUAUGUACCAAGCACAGAGCCGGAGGAGGAAGGAGAUGCUGAUGAUGUUUACAUCAUGGACAUUUCAAGCAACAUCUCUGAAAACCUAAAUUACUAUAUUGACGGUAAGAUUCAGACCAACAACAGCACUAGUAAUUGUGAUGUGAUUGAGAUGGAGUCUAAUUCUGCUCACUUGUAUGGCAUAGAUUGUCUGCUUGCUCCAGUAACAGUAGAAAUUACUCAAAAUAUAAAGAGUACCCAGGUCUCUGUAAACGAUGAACUUCCUAAAGAGUCUCCCAGUAGCACAAAUUGUGAAUCAAAGAAACGGAGAACUGCCAGUCCACCUGUGCUUCCCAAAAUUAAAGCUGAGGCAGAUUCUGACUCCACAGUGCCCUCAUGUUCCUUAAGUUUGCCUCUGAGCAUAUCAACAACAGAGGUGGUGUCUUUCCAUAAAGAGAAGGGUGUCUAUUUGUCUUCAAAGCUCAAGCAGCUUCUUCAGACCCAGGACAAACUGACUCCUCCUGCAGGGAUUUCAGCAGCUGAGAUCCCUAAGUUGGGUCCCGUUUGUGUAUCUGCUCCUGCAUCCAUGUUACCUGUGACCUCUAGUCGAUUUAAGAGGCGCACCAGCUCUCCACCCAGUUCUCCACAGCACAGUCCUGCCCUUCGAGACUUUGGUGGGAAACCAAGUGAUGGGAAAGCAGCAUGGACAGACACAAGUCUGACUUCCAAGAAACCCAAAUUAGAAAGUCGUAGUGACUCACCAGCAUGGAGCUUGUCUGGGAGAGAUGAGAGAGACACUGGAAGCCCUCCUUGCUUUGACGAAUACAAACUAACAAAAGAAUGGGCAGCCAGUUCUCCUUUCAGCAGUGUGUGCAACCAACAGCCAUUGGAUUUAUCCAGUGGAGUCAAACAGAAGUCAGAGGGUACAGGCAAGACUCCAGUCCCAUGGGAAUCUGUAUUGGAUCUCAGUGUGCAUAAAAAGCCUUGUGAUGCUGAAGGCAAGGAAUUCAAAGAGAACCAUUCAGCACAACCAGCGUGUGGUGCCGCAAAGAAGAAGAAACCAACCACCUGCAUGCUGCAAAAGGUUCUUCUCAAUGAAUAUAAUGGUGUUGGCUUACCUGCAGAAACCACACCAGAGGUGACCAGGAGCCCAAGUCCUUGUAAAUCCCUAGAUACACAGCCAGAUUCUGAACUUGGUCCUGACUCGAGUUGCUCAGCCCCUACUGUUGAGUCCCCACCUGAAGUUGAUGGCCCUUCAUCACCCUCUCUUCAGACAGCCUCCAUAUCUUCGAGUCAGCUGCCUCCUCUCUUGAUCCCCACAGAGCCUUCUUCCCCGCCCCCCUGCCCUCCUGUGUUAACAGUAGCCACUCCACCACCUCCCCUCCUUCCAAAUGUUCCCCUCCCCACUCCCUCUUCUGAUACAUCACCUCAGUGUCCCUCUCCAUUCUCCAACGCCACUGCCCAGUCUCCCCUUCCAAUUCUUUCCCCAACAGUGUCCCCUUCACCCUCUCCCAUUCCUCCUGUGGAGCCACUCAUGUCUGCUGCUUCCCCUGGUCCUCCAACACUUUCUUCCUCUUCCUCCUCAUCCUCUUCCUCUUCCUUCUCUUCCUCUUCAUGCUCCUCCACAUCCCCCUCACCACCCCCUCUCUCGGCAGUGUCGUCUGUGGUUUCCUCUGGGGACAACCUGGAAGCACUUCUCCCUGCAAUAACUUUUAAACAGGAGGAGUCAGAGAGUGAAGGUCUGAAACCCAAGGAAGAGGCCCCACCCACGGGUGGGCCGAGUGUUGUCCAUGAAACAUUCAGCAAAAGCUUUGUUUGCAAUGUCUGUGAAUCACCUUUUCUUUCCAUUAAAGAUCUAACUAAGCAUUUAUCUGUUCAUGCUGAAGAAUGGCCCUUCAAAUGUGAGUUUUGUGUGCAGCUUUUUAAGGCGAAGACUGACCUGUCAGAGCAUAGGCUUCUGCUUCACGGAGUUGGGAAUAUCUUCGUGUGUUCCGUAUGUAAGAAAGAAUUUGCCUUCUUAUGCAAUUUACAGCAGCACCAACGAGAUCUCCACCCAGAUGAGGAGUGCACACAUCACGAGUUUGAAAGUGGGACCCUGAGACCCCAGAACUUCACAGACCCCAGCAAGGCCCGUGUGGAGCAUAUGCAGAAUUUGCCAGAAGAGCCUUUGGAAACUUCCAGAGAGGAAGAGUUAAAUGAUUCCUCUGAAGAGCUUUACACAACCAUCAAAAUAAUGGCUUCCGGAAUAAAGACGAAAGAUCCGGACAUUCGACUUGGUCUCAAUCAGCACUACCCAAGCUUUAAACCACCUCCAUUUCAGUACCACCAUCGAAACCCCAUGGGGAUUGGCGUAACGGCCACAAACUUCACUACCCACAAUAUUCCACAGACAUUUACUACUGCCAUUCGCUGCACAAAGUGUGGAAAGGGGGUUGAUAAUAUGCCUGAGCUGCAUAAACAUAUCCUGGCAUGUGCAUCUGCAAGUGACAAGAAGAGGUACACUCCUAAGAAAAACCCAGUGCCCCUGAAACAAACUGUGCAACCCAAAAACGGAGUGGUGGUUUUAGACAACUCUGGGAAAAAUGCCUUCAGACGGAUGGGGCAGCCCAAGAGACUGAGCUUCAAUGUUGAACUCAGCAAAAUGUCUCCAAAUAAGCUCAAGCUAAGUGCACUGAAGAAAAAAAACCAGCUGGUACAGAAAGCGAUCCUUCAGAAGAACAGAUCUGCAAAGCAGAAGACAGACCCGAAGGACACUUCUGAGGUGUCCUCGCAUAUCUGCCCUUACUGUGACAGGGAGUUCACGUACAUUGGCAGCCUGAAUAAGCAUGCUGCUUUCAGCUGUCCUAAAAAACCCCUCUCUCCUUCCAAAAGAAAAGUUUCCCAUUCAUCUAAGAAAGGUAGCCACGCAUCACCUGCCAGCAGUGACAGAAACAACAGCAGCAAUCCCCGGAGACGGACCGCAGAUACGGAGAUUAAGAUGCAGAGCACACAGGCACCCUUGGGCAAGACCAGAGCUCGGAGCUCAGGCCCUGCCCAAGCCUCACUGCCCUCCUCAUCCUUCAGAUCCAGACAGAAUGUCAAGUUUGCAGCUUCAGUCAAAUCCAAAAAAGCAAGCUCUUCUUCCUUGAGGAACUCCAGUCCUAUAAGAAUGGCCAAAGUUACUAAUGUUGAGGGCAAAAAAUCCAAAGCUGUUGCCAAGAGUCAUUCUGUUCAGCUCUCAAGCAAAUCCUCCCGAAACCUGCACUUGAAAGUGCAGAAGAGCAAAGCUGUUCUACAAAGCAAGACUGCUCUGGCCAGUAAGAAAAGAACAGACCGGUUCGUAGUAAAGUCUAGAGAGCGGAGUGGGGGCCCAAUCACCAGAAGCCUUCAGCUGGCAGCUGCUGCGGAUCUGAGUGAAAGCAGGAGAGAGGACAGCAGUGCCAGGCAUGAGCUGAAGGACUUGAGCCCUCUGCUUCCAGCCUUAGUGUGACCAGCAGCCAAGGUUCUAAUGGGCAAGAAGAGUGGACUCGGCACUGAGAUUGCAGGGAGACAGGGCCCUGUGGCCCUGAGGCUCAGUGCCUUCCCCAGUAACAUUAGGUUUCACUUCAUCUCACUUGACCUUACUGCCUUAUUCCAUGUUCUCCCCGUAUUAGAAAUGGCUCUCAGGGACAGACAGGAUGAUGUGGCCCUAGUUUGAACUGUUACAUUGACUUCUCAGGCUGAGUUGAUAUACACUUGGAAUUCCCAAAUAAUGUCCCAAUGUCUCCAGUCAGUGGCCGUCAGAAGACAUAUACUUGGACACCUAAUAUGCAGCCUGUCUUCAUUCUGGGCUGUCAUGGCUAUAAUUCUGGGUGUUGGGAGCAGACAAAAUUAGGGACAGCUGUGGAAUGACUUGUUUUAGAGACUUAAGCACGCAGUUCCAUUGUCACUGUAUGACUGAUCAUAUGGUUCUUGGUCCUCGUGUGCCUUGAAGCGUAGCAAAACAAAACUCUAGACAGUAGGUACCAGCAAAGGCUGAUUUCAACAAUUCACUGUAGGACUGAAUGAUUGGAAUUUUUUUGAAGGUACUUCAAAACAUGCUGAGUGUUAGUUGCUAUAGAUCUGGUCAUCUUUGACCAUACUGGUGCAUAGGUGCCAUUGUGGAGUUGACUGUGGGGAUAGAAAGUACUGUUUUCAGUUGUCUGUACGCUCUUCUUGUUAUUGGCCUCUGUUCUAGGGAAUUCUGCACAAAUGGAACAUAACUGAACCGCCAUUUUUGUGGGUUACCAUUAAGAACACCUCCAGGUGGUUGAUGCUUUAGAAUGUCCUGUUCUAGUAUUUUCUAAAAGCUUUUUCCUCUUUCAUACUGGAUCCUGUUGAGACUUUUCAGGAGUAAAUGUAUGAAAAGGUAAGAGUGAGUAUAAAGUUCACUCACGCUCUUACUGGUAUUGUAAAGACUCCUUAAGGCUAAACUGCCCCCAAAUGUAUCUUCUUUAUUCCAGGAAACUUUAAACUAUUCUGGUAGUUAACAGAGUUACAUUGCUGGAGUUAAAGUUGACUUAAAAGUAUCACUUAAAGAAACAGAUAAUGAAAACAUAGACGAUGCAAUAGAUGUCCCUGGUGGCAGAUCUGCAGAAUGGGGGCAUCAUCCAAGGCACUUACCAUGGGGCUACAACUUCGUGAAUUGUUUUGGACAAUUAAAAACCGAAUGUCCAAUGGGACAUGAUGGUUGACUGUCUAGACAUAAGACAGCGUUUAUGCAGAGUGUGUUUAGUUAUUAGUAUCCCAUAGCAAAUGUAGACAACAGUAGGAUUCUUGGCUGCUGGCAUAUGUACACCAGGUGUCUUCUAACUCAGGGCUGAUACAGGCUAGACUGAGUUCAUUCUCAGAAGCUUGUGUGUUGUAUGCUGACAAGGGAGGAACGUUUACUGACAGUGGUUUUCUGUUCCAGUGUUUCCUCUCAGUUGGCUUAGAGAAGACUCCAUGAUGCAAGCAACUGUUGUUCAUGGAGCUCCUGUGGGCAGUGAUUUGCUGUCCUCAGCUCUGCAGAACUUGCAACUCACUCCUGCCUGCUUGUUAAUUGCAGCAAACCAUAAUUAUUUGAAAGACAGUGUAGGGUUCUAUAGUUUUUCAUGGACAUGGCUGCCACCAGCCACAUGCCUAACCAGAACACAGCGUUGAGCACAGGAAUCCACAUAUUAUCAGUUGACCACUUCCUGAAGCACCAGCUGGUAUGCCAUUCUGGGGGUAAAAAGCCAUGCACUCCAAAUGCUUUUUUCACAACAAAACCACAUGUGCACGUAUGCACCAAAAACCAAAACAAAACAGGUGAGCCUUGCCCUGGAUAUGUAGCACAGUCUGCCUGGGCCUUCUUGCUGCUGCCUUUGGAUAUGUUUUGAGGACUCCUUUCCAGAAAGGAAGUCAGACUUUUACUGUACUCUCCCCCUGUAAUCCAAAGGACUGCUCUAUCUAAGCAAUGUUUCGUUUUCCACAACACCCCAUCCUCCACUACCAAUGUCCAGAAGUUAGAAAGCUAGAAAAGAAGCAACUUUGGGAUAGAUUCUCUGCCACUACCAAGUGCUGAGUUAACAAAGUAUCCCUCUCCCCUGACAGCCUCACCCACUGUGGGUAGGAAACAGCCCUACAUCUUGGGAGCGAGCGUGGCAUUUCUAAAACUAUUAGAGUCAUGUAUGUGUUUCUGUCUUGGCAACAUUUGUCUUAGAGUCACUUCACCUUUUUCUUUAACAUGGUCAGUUCAUAUAUAAGGUUGUCUUAUGUUGUUAUUUAUCUUCAGUUUUCUUAUUUUCUAGGAACUUCCUGUAGAAAAACCCCCACCCCCACAAAACAAACCUUAACUGACUAAAUGAUAUUACAUGCUCAACUUAAGAUAAGCACUACGGCAAAGGAUUCGAACUCUACCCAGCUUGCAAGACCAGUUUAAGCUGACUCAAAAGCUGUACAACAGCAGGCUUCUUUCCCUGGUUAGGGUUAGACAUCCAUCUCUUUGGUGUGCUCACAUGUGUACUGGGCUCUCGGGGGAUUGAGAUCCAAAGAGAAGGGUGCCGUAAGAUGGGCUAGAUGGACUGGCUCCUUCCUCGUCGCCGGACUGGCAGCACAGCUCUGAGUCUGGCAGAGAACAGAUAAGGGAGUGAUCAAACUGAACCUUGCAAAGCAAGUGCUCUUGUUUCAUCAGUGGUCCUCAUAGUUUCAGGGAUGACAGAUGCUUGCUUACACACCAGCCCCUUGAUGCCUUUCUUUCGUGUGUUUUACACAGAGAGGCAUUUAGCCGAUCUCUACCCUUGCCCUUUUUAAAAAAAAAAAAUCACAAGCAGAUUGCUAGCACAAUGCAGAGGAAGCCAGAUUGGAUAUGGACUCCUUUUUAUGCCUCUGUUAGUGUCAUGUUUAUCUAUCCAGGUGGACGCUAUCCUCUCACUGCUUGGCAUCAAUUUAGACCUGUUAUAUUUGAGAUGCUAUGUAGCAGUGUGUCAGUAUGGAAGGCAUCCAGGCCUGUAUAGCUGUCUGUAUCAGCACACCAGGCCUUACACUUCAGUCUCAGUAGAUUGAAAGCAAGGUUGGCCUCUUCCUUCCGAAGUGGAUCACUACCACUUCUCCAUGAGUCCUGAUGCCCCCAGAUUCAUGACUGAGUUGGUGGAAAAUGGCUACGUUUUAUUCAUGCUGUGUUUUGUACUUAACCUUAAAAGUAAUCUACCUCUUAAAAUUUGUAGUUUAAUACUUGUUUGAAUUUGUGCCACUUUAACCUUUCACUAUCAUUCCCAUUUUGUUACAUUUCUGUUAAGGAGACUUUAUGUUGAAAUACUGUAUAAAGCAUUUGUAGCCGUUUAAAAAUAAAAUAUUUAAAAUUAUUUAAAUUGUUUUGGGUGCUUCAAUUGUAUUAAUGUAAUUUACAUCUUAUAUUUUUGUUCACAUUGUUAAUCUGGACAGUGUCUGCUGUACUGAAGUUUGCUGUUAGUUAUUUUAUUGCUUCUUGUUGCAGAGUACCAUAAAGACUAUUCUAAUGGAAACAUUAAAUUUACUAUUUGACCUACAAAAGGGAUUGUUCAUUGAUUUUAACCAAUGUAGCCUUGACAGAGUUUAUUACAGACAUACAAGAGUGAUGUUUGCUAUUUUGCCCUCUUAGAAUGGAUACAUCCUCUGCUUGUUAGAUGGCUAAGAAAGACUUUUUUCCGUGUUAUUUAAAACACCUGAUAACUAGGGGGAAAUUGGAUGAUACAUUCUAUAUCAUUGUAACCA